UUGUUGACUAUGUUACACUCAACAGUGUUAUUAGAAAAUAUUCGAAGUACAGAAUUCCCUGAAUCAAUUUUAUCCACUGAAUCUCAUGAAAAUAAUCUUCAUCAUGUUGAUUUUAAACAAUAUCUACAAGCCGAAAUAAAUUAUUAUUCAGAAAUCAUUCAAUCCAAUCACAUUGAUCCAAACAAACAAUAUGAUUCAUUCAUUAAUUAUCAAGAUCCUUUAAAAAAUUAUAAUCGAUUAUUGACGUCUAAACAUAUUUAUGAACAAUUCUAUCAACUUUGUAAACAAUUUAUGUCUUGCGAUCAUAAGGAAAUUAAACGUUUAAUUAGUUCGCUCAAUCGGUAAAUAACUCUGUUUUAUUCAAUUUGUUUCUUUCAGUAUUUUUAUGCACCAGCUUGUAAAGUUG